UAUGGCGUCAGACAAAUCAUCAGGAGGCUGGUGGUCUGGAUGGCUGCAGGCUGCCAAGGAUAAAGAGUUUACUUCUACUGUUCAAAGGGAUACAGUAAAGGCAGCUUCAACAGUUAAAGAAAAAAUUUCUCAAGAAGAAGCCUCUACGAUUGUUAAGCAGGGUGUUUCAAGUUUUAUAUCAUCUUUAAAAUCUGAUGAUUCUUUGAAUCCAGAUGAUAAAAAUAAUCCUGUGAUAUUUGAUCAAGCUCAAUCCCGACUUUCUACUCUUCAAUCAGAUAAAAAUACAUACAUCAAACCAAUAGAUGAGACAGAUACAGAGUAUGAAAGAUUUCUUGAUUCUUUCGAUAUUGAUGAGGUGAAAAAAGAUAUCUCUGACUUAAUGGUAAAUGAAAGUGGCGUAAGAGCAUUGUACACUUCGCUGGUCCCAUCUGAAAUUCCUCAUACGGUUUUUUGGCAGAGGUACUUUUACCGAUUAGAACUUUUAAAGAGAGACGAAAGAAGAAGGGAAGAACUUAAACGACGAGCAGAUAACACAGUUGAGAAAGAUAUUGCAUGGGAUGAUGAAGAUGAGAUUGACUUUUGUAACGACUCUGUAAAACUAAACGAAGAAUGUACUAAAUAUAAAAAUGCGACCAAGGACCAAGAAAAUGUGCCCGAAAGUGUUCAACCCGAAAAUGUACCAGAACAGAGCGAAGAGAACAAACCUGAUGAUACGAAUGAUGUUAAAACAAAUGAGGACGGCAAUGAGAAAGGCAGCGAUAGAAAAGAGAAAGAACAAAGUGACAGUAGUUUGGACGACGAUUGGGAGGUUGAUAUAGAUGUUUCAGAAGAAGAAAUGAAGAGAGCCGAAGAAACAUUGGCAAAACUGACAGUAGCAGAUAAUAGGAGAGACUCAAAAUCUGAGAAACCAGAUGAAGAUUGGGAAGGCUGGGAAUAG